GCUUGCAUACUAUCAGCAGUAGUUCCUUCCAAUUCAUCUCUAUGCUCAAGAACCGCAUGCGCACAACUUACUAUACUCAGCUGUUCUGAAAAACAUUCCACACGACUAUAAUUACAGACGCACGUGACGAUUAACUUUGUUACUAAAUAACACUAAACACUGAAGUAAAUUAAUCUUAAUUGCACUACAAUUAACUAAGUGUUGCUAGUAUUUUUAAUUAUAUUAGUGUCUAUCAUCUGAAUAAUUAUUCCUGCUACAAGACCCGGAAAUAUCGAAUAUUCAUCCAACUCGGCUGCACCAAUAAAUUUUCCAGUUUGACCAAAAAUAUACCAAAGAGCUUAAUAAUGGGCAAAGAUCGAUACUUAAGUUUGAGUGACGUCAACGUGGUGACAGUAUCCGAAUUAGUGAACCGUCGCUUCUUCGACUUCUACGCCCUGCGUAAGUACGACAUAGGGUUGCACAAGCCGCUAUCAUGUACCCUGUUGUACGCCGCAGUAAUGAACGCUGACGAGGAAUGUGUGGACUUGAUCCUUCCUAAGCUGAACAGCGUUUUUGCAGACAAAGGCGGCUUCUUCGUCAAGCACCACGAAAGCGCCGUGCACCGCGCGUUGAACUACCAAGACUUCAGCAUCCUCCGAAAGUUGAUUGAACACGGUGCUAGCGUCAACGACACUGAUUCCGUGGAGCAUGAAGGACAACCGCUUCUACACUUUGCUGUGGAGAAAGGCUACUAUGAGAUAGCCCAGUACCUAGUGGAGAAAGGAGCCGACGUCAAUAUGCCAGGACACGGCAGCCACUGCGAAACUACUCCGUUGAUGGAAGCUGUGAUAGGCGGAUCAGAAGACAUGGUCAAUCUGCUGGUGGAGAAUGGUGCUGAUGUCAAUGCUGAUGACAACGAACAGGAUACUCCAGUGACAGUAGCAGCUACGAGUGGGAAGUUUGAGAUCAUGAAGCUUCUGCUGGAUCAUGGUGCUCGUGUUGAUCUAGUUAUACCUGAGUCAAAGUGGAACGGUAAGAAGUCGAUCAUCAACGAGGUCGUCUGCACAGGUAACGUCCAGGUCCUGAAGCACUUGCUGGAUAGAUUCGACGUAGACCUAACAGCUCCCACGGGAGAUCUAGCCUGCUCAACGCUUGCCUUCGCGGUUAUGGUCAGAGCUAACAAUGGUCCCGUGAUCCAGGAGCUGCUGGAUGCUGGCAGUGACGUCAACAGUCUCUCGUACGACAACAAGCUGCCGAUUGAGAUGACCAGGACCUUCGAUCUUAGUGACAACAAGAUCCUGGUCAAGAAACACGUCGUUAAGUUGGUGGCUGCUGGCCAAGAAGUUUGUGAAAAGAACCUUGAAGUUGUUCAAGACCCGGAGUUUGCUGAUCUGAGGCAGGAGUGUGAUGCUGAGUUGGAAGAGUUGAAGAGCACGAAGCUGGAAGGCAGUAAUGUUACGCUGUUUGAUGUCUUGUUUGGAAAAGUGGUGAAGAAGACGAUGAAGAAAGUUGAUGUUAAAAAGUCUAUGGAGACUUUGGAAGAGUAUCCGAUGUAUGGACGCAUGCUGUUUUAUCGGCUGAAGAAAUUUCGUGGGUGAGUUUUCUGAUUGUGCCGCUAGAUGGCGAAAUAGGACAGUAUUUUUUUUUUAAUAUGAUUCAUUGAUCAUUGUUCACUAAGAUGUA